AAUAGACUUUACGUAAACACUAACCAUGUGGGUUUUGCGGGAAAAUUGCGGUUGAAGGGGCAUAAAAGAUCUGGUGACUAAAAAAACCGACAACUUAGGCCAAACUGAGAAAUGGCGCCUAAGAGGAAAGCAUCUACUUUAAAGGAAGAAAAAUUACAAGAAGUUACAGAAAAUACCACAAAUGUGAGAAGAAAACGCCAAUGUAGAAGUAGACCCAAAAGUAAAAUUACUAAACUAAAGGAAGAACAGACAGAAAAUGCUGUCAUAAGUGGAGGAAGUCCAAAAUCACAAGAUAAACCAAACAAAAUUGCAGUUAACAAUCCUUUGGAUACUAAAGAUAGUGGUUCGCAAGAGAAAAACUUUGGUAAACGUAACAAAAAUGCAUCAAAACAAGUUACCACUGAAAAAUCAAAGCAGCCAAUUCAUACCAAAAAAAGGAAAGAAAAGCCUGUCAGUAAAAAAAAUGACAAUGUGAAAUUACCAUUAGAAGAACCUGAACCAAUAAAGUGUGAAAUUGGAGUAAAUCAGACCAAGAUAUCUAAUGAGGCAGAAUCUAGGGAGACAUUCAACAAAUGUAAAGACAAAACUGUUCAAGUGUAUUCUAAUCCAUUAGGGUGUUUUAGUAGAGAAACAAAAAACCUACAGAAUACCUCAGGUUUUGACAUUGACUUCAUGAGCUCUUGCAGUAGUGAAGACGGCGACUGUGAAGAAGACAACAAAAAGGUGUCAUCUUCCUCAAUAAAUGGUAAAAAAUGUUCCAUCAAUGAGGGUGCAAACCUAAUUAAGUAUUCAGGAGAAUCUGUGGAAAAGGAAAAAACUUUUAUUCCAAAUUCACCAAAAGUGUCGCAUGUAACAGAUGGUACAAGAUUGUCUUCAGAUGAUGACUUCGAAACAUCACAGAUUACAACAUCAGGUAGAAAAAGGAAGGCUUAUUCAAAGAUGAAAGGGAGGGUCAAGCAAGAAAAGGCAAUUAAAAUUAUCAAACCAAAAAUUGGAAAACGAGAUUCAUUGAAAACUAGCACGGGCAAAGGUAAUGAAAUCUAUUCCAAAUCUCGAAAAUAAUGAAAAUGUUUUGGAAAUGAAAAGGAAGGAUGUGAAAACAAACAUUGUCAAGACAGUGAACAGAAAAAAUCCAUUGAAGCAUCUGGAUGAAUCUGAUGUGGCGUCAAUAUUGAUGUUGAUGGAGGGGGAAAAAAAUGCAGAUAACUCUGAUUCAGUUCCAUCAGGGUCUGCUAACAGGUCAAGUCUAUCAGAUGAAGAGAGUUUAAUGGAGAGCAGUGAAGAUGAAGAAGGUUGGGAAGAUGUCCAAGAUGACCCAUCCCAGCGUUCCCCUAAGAAGAACCAUCUUCCUGAAGGAGGUGUGGAAAUCACAAUAGAUGCUCCUCAACUUUUCAAAAAGAGGAAAAAGAAACAGUUUGACUGGAAGCAAUAUGUACAGCGUCAAAUCAACAGAUUUCAGAAGGGAGUACGAGAGGAUAUUCAUAAGGUUCAUCUGAUGUGCCUGCUGGUAAGAGGUAUGUUCCUGAGCCAGCUGUGUAACUGCCCUGAGCUGACAGCCCAGGCAAUCUCUAUCACACCUAAUGAGUUCAGCAAUCGUCGUCCGGAGACCAUCACCAUGGCAGCACUCCAUAGAAUGGUCCAGUGGUUCAAGUCUGUGAUCCCCAUCUCAGAACGACAGUCUGAGACAGAACAAAUGGCAUGUAUAUUACAAAAGGACUUUGAAGAGAAGAAAGCAAACAAUAUACUGGAGUUUGUACUGUUAUUUGUCAUUUUGCUUCGAAGUCUUGGUCUGGAUGUACGUCUAGUGAUGUCUCUACAGCCAAUAUCUGCCAAACCACAGAAGGAUGAUGCAUCUUCGAAGAUGAAGACGAAAAAAUCGUCAACAAAAGGAAAAAAUUCUGUGGCUUCUAAACCUUCAACACAAUCUUCAAAGGCCAAACAGAUAACAACACAGCUUGACAAAAAAAGUAAUUCUCAAGCUAAAAAGGUAAAACAAAAGAAAAUCGCAAAGUCAUCAAAAAGCAAAACAUCGAAAUAUUUCAGCAACUCCGAAAUGAAAGUUGUGAAAUUGACAGGUAAAAAUAAAACUAGGAAAAAAAAUACAGAGGAGCAGAAAUGUGAUUUAGACGAUGUAUCGAAAAAAUACAAGGUGAAAAGUAGAAGUUUGAGAUCGCGGGGUUCAAAGGUCAAACCAUCUAGUUACAAACAAGGAAGUGAUGAGGAUGAGGAAGAAGAGGAGGAAUCUGAUGAAAGUUUUUUAUCAGUUAGUGACUAUGAGGUUUGUGAUUCAGACAAGCAGGAGAGGAAUAGGAAAAACAAAAGACAGAAAUGUAGAAAAAGUAAAGUUUCAAGAGAAGUAAAGUCAGCAGAAGCUCCAAGCAGUGAGAAUGAGAGUGACUUUGAGCCGGAUCAGACAAAGUUCCGUAGCCCCCAGACAACCAAGAAACUUAAAUACAACAGGAAAGUUUUGUCCUCUGAUUCUGAUGACAUUAACAGAAGUGACACAUCUAGAGAAGGUUGUGACCAGUGGGCGGAGGUUUACCUCGAAACAGAACACAAGUGGAUCUGUGUGAAUUUUGUAAAAGGGGAACUCAAUGCACCCUAUGCUAUAGAAAGUCAUGCAACACAGCCUGUCCAUUAUGUCCUGGGAUUCAGCAAUAAGGGAUAUAUAAAGGAUGUGACAGCCAGAUAUUCAGCCAACUGGCUGACUGACACUCGUAAACUGAGAACAGACCCGGAUUGGAUAGAGGAGACGUUUGUCCCGUAUGUAGACCCUGAUACAGGUGCUGUAGACCGGGAGGAUACGGCCAUUAAAGACAACCUGAUCAGACGUCCAAUGCCGACGAGUGUGGGAGCAUUUAAAGGACAUCCUUUGUAUGCGUUAAAGCGUCACCUGCUAAAGUUUGAAGCGAUCUACCCUAACUCUGCUGUACCACUGGGGUUUAUCAGGGGAGAGCCUGUAUACGCACGGGAUUGUGUCCAUGUGUUACAUUCCAGAGAAAACUGGCUAAAGGAAGGACGUGCAGUCCGACUACGUGAGGAGUCCUACAAAAUGGUUAAGUCCAGACCUAAAUGGAAUCGACCAAAGGAAAAUCCAGACGCCCUUGACCUUGAACUAUUUGGAGAGUGGCAGACAGAGGUUUACAUUCCACCACCAGCAGUCGAUGGUAAGGUUCCAAGGAAUGAGUAUGGGAAUGUAGAACUCUUCAAACCAUCCAUGUUACCUGCUGGAACUGUGCAUUUGAAAGUACCUGGAUUAAACAAAGUAGCAAAAAAACUGAGUAUUGACUGUGUCCCAGCCAUGAUGGGAUGGGAUACCCACUGCGGCUUCUCUCACCCCAUACUGGAAGGUUUUGUGGUAUGUGAGGAACACAAAGAUAUUCUGUUGGCUGCCUGGGAUGAGGAUCAGGAGGUACAGCGUCAAAAGGAGGCUGAGAAAAAGGAGAAACGUGUGAUAGCUAACUGGAAACUGCUCACAAAGGGUCUCCUGAUCAAGGACAAACUAAAAAAGAGGUUUGACCUUCAGGCUCAGGCAAGUUCAGAAAACCAGUUGGAAAAAUGUGAGGAUCCUCAAGCUGUUAAAGCCGAAGACUUUGAGAAAUCCUGGCCACAGAACAGACAGACAAAGAAAAAAGGAAAGAAAAAGUAUGGUGACACGGAAGUGAUCUGAUGUCAAUACCAUGUGAUGCAAAAGUGAUCUGAAAUUAAUGUCAUGUAUAGGUAUGUGACACAAAAGUGAUCUGGCAUCAGUGUCAUGUGACAGAGGUGAUCUGAUAACAGUGUCAUGUGACAGAGUUGAUUUGACAUUAGUAUCGUGUGACACAGAGGUGAUCUAAUAGCAGUCGUGUGGCAAAGAAGUGAUCUGAAAUCAGUGGUUUGUGACAUCCAAGACGUGUGACAGAAGUGAUCCGAAAUUAAAAAGUUGCAUUACACAGAAGGAAACUGACACCAAUGUCAUGUGACACAAGUGAUUUGACAUCAAUGUCAUGUGACACAAGUGAUUUGACAUCAAUGUCAUGUGACACACAAUUGAUCUGACAUCAGUGUCAUGUGACACAAGUUUUCCAAAAUCAGUCAAAUGACACUUAAGUGAUCUAACAUCAAAGGAAUGACGAAUGUGACUGAAGUGAACUGCAAUCAGUGUCAUGUGACAAAGAAGUCAUCAGACUUUGGUAAUAUGUGACAUCUGGAAGUCAAUGAACUGAGAGUUACAAAGAGGAAAUGUUUAAUUUGGUGCUAAAGUUGACAAUAUUAAUUAAGUAUUGUUUAUUGUUUAAUUUGUUCAACUGAGAUAUACAACAGGGUUUGUCUGUUUGGUGGAUACUAUUUCCAGUGUAUAUCUCCAAUAAUGGUCAAGAUUACUCAAUGCAAUAAUCUCCUAUAUGCAUGUGCCGUUUGCUACUGUAGCAUUUUCAUGGUAGAAAGUGUCCGUAACCAUGGAAACAUAACUUUAUCACUAAGUUUGUCAUCGCAGGACCAUGCCUCAGAUAUGGUUUAAGAAACUUCAUAUGCACAUCAAUCGGGAUACAGAGUGCAUUAUGCUGAAAACUAUGGAUACUCACCAAUUUUGCCAUUUCUGCAUACUAUAGAAACUAUUUAAGAUGCAAUUCAUGGUAUCUUUGUUUGCAAAUUUCAAAAUAUUUAAGUUUGUACAUGUAAGCAGGACUGUAUUCCUAUUGGUAGGGAGAACCUUUUCUCAGUAAUAAUUGUCAAUUACUGCUUAGAUUGUUUGGCAUUAUCAGACAUGAUAUGUAUAUCUAUGUCGGUGGUACUGUCUGUGACUCGCUCAGUAUGGCCUUACAUAAACGAUCCAUGUCUACUCUCUACUUCAUCUUCCUGCUAAUCAGGCCAGACUUGUGAUCACUGCCUUAAAAUGACAGACAAGAUUCGCUAAUAAGUGCAGUUAUUUUACCUUUAUAAUUAAAACAUGGUCAUUGAAAUUGGAUAACUUAUACCUGACAAUAAUAACCUAACUAGGUGUUGUACCUGACAAUAAUGACGUAACUAGGUGUUGUACCUGACAAUAAUGACGUAACUAGGUGUUGUACCUGACAAUAAUGAUGUAACUAGGUGUUGUACCUGACAAUAAUGACGUAACUAGGUGUUGUACUGACAAUAAUGACGUAACUAGGUGUUGUUCCUGACAAUAAUGAUGUACCUAUGUGUUGUACCUGACAAUAAUGACGUAACUAGGUGUUGUACCUGACAAUAAUGAUAUAAGUGCAGUGGUUAUGUUCAGGUACCGGUAACCAUCGUGGUCUGUUCUUAUAAUACUCAGGAUCUGACAGCUGUUGUGACAAUGUGAUUAUCACCCUGGGUAUGAUCAGGAUCUGACAGCUGUUGUGACGAUGUGAUUAUCACCCUGGAUAUGAUCAGGAUCUGACAGCUGUUGUGACGAUGUGAUUAUCACCCUAGGGUAUGAUCAGGAUCUGACAGCUGUUGUGACGAUGUGAUUAUCACCCUAGGGUAUGAUCAGGAUCUGACAGCUGUUGUGACGAUGUGAUUAUCACCCUAGGGUAUGAUCAGGAUCUGACAGCUGUUGUGACGAUGUGAUUAUCACCCUGGAUAUGAUCAGGAUCUGACAGCUGUUGUGACGAUGUGAUUAUCACCCUGGGUAUGAUCAGGAUCUGACAGCUGUUGUGACGAUGUGAUUAUCACCGUGGAUAUGAUCAGGAUCUGACAGCUGUUGUGAUGAUGUGAUUAUCACCCUAGGGUAUGAUCAGGAUCUGACAGCUGUUGUGACGAUGUGAUUAUCACCUUGGAUAUGAUUAGGAUCUGACAGCUGUUGUGACGAUGUGAUUAUAACCCUGACAACUUCAGUUUUUGGUAUACCACUUCAAAUACCUUUCAGGCUACUGUGCUUAAGAAUGUCAAUCUCAAAGACACAUUACUAUAAUAUCGUAUGGCUUUAUAUACACUUUGAUUUUCUGUUUACCUAUGACUUGCUAUGUCGCUGUGGUUUUCUGUUUACCUAUGACUUGAUAUGUCCCUGUGGUUUUCUGUUUACCUAUGACUUAUGACAUGUCCCUGUGGUUUUCUGUUUACCUAUGACUUGAUAUGACGCUGUGGUUUUCUGUUUACCUAUGACUUAUGACAUGUCGCUGUGGUUUUCUGUUUACCUAUGACUUAUGACAUGUCGCUGUGGUUUUCUGUUUACCUAUGACUUAUGACACGUCGCUGUGGUUUUCUGUUUACCUAUGACUUAUGACAUGUCGCUGUGGUUUUCUGUUUACCUAUGACUUAUGACAUGUCGCUGUGGUUUUCUGUUUACCUAUGACUUGAUAUAUCGCUGUGGUUUUCUGUUUACCUAUGACUUGAUAUAUCCCUGUCGUUUUCUGUUUACCUAUGACUUGAUAUGUCGCUGUGGUUUUCUGUUUACCUAUGACUUAUGACAUGUCGCUGUGGUUUUCUGUUUACCUAUGACUUGAUAUAUCCCUGUGGUUUUCUGUUUACCUAUGACUUGAUAUGUCGCUGUGGUUCUAUACAAGAAAACAUAAAUCCUUAAACACUAUUCAUUAUAAAUACACACCUGGUAAUUUUGAUUCACAACAUAUACCAUGUAUUUUAAUGUUAAGAAUAAAACUUGUCAGCUCACAUAUA